ACGCCUUUAUUCUUUUCCCCACCCCUGACUCCGCCCCGGCUGUUUUUUCUUUAGUCUCUUUUGCUGCGGAGGUUUUACACCCCCGGCGGCCACCGUAGGUCAGGGUCACAAGAUGGCAGCCUCCGUUUUAGCGAGGGCCGCGAGAGCUACAGGAAUCUUACGAUCUGUGAAUGUUUUGGCAUCUUCAGCCUUUCGAAACUAUGCCAAGAAUGUCUGUCUUAAUUCCACGCUGUCCACUGGACAUUUUAGUCUUACUCACACACCAGUUGUUUCUUCUGCUCCCCGGUUUGUCACAUCUGUCAGAAAUCUGACAUGUGGAUAUACCACAACAAUCCUUAAUAGAGUGGCUCCCUUGCUUCCCAGCGUCCUGACAGUGCCAGUCAGAACUGUAACAUACUACAGCGCACGAAAAGGCAAGAGAAAGACUGUGAAAGCUGUUAUCUAUCGGUUUCUUCGACUUCACUCUGGCCUUUGGCUCAGGAGAAAGUCUGGUUAUAAGAAAAAAUUAUGGAAAAAGACAGCUGCAAGAAAGAAACGCUUGAGGGAAUUUGUGUUCUGCAAUAAAACCCAGAGUAAACUCUUAGAUAAAAUGACGACAUCCUUCUGGAAGAGGCGCAACUGGUAUGUUGAUGAUCCUUAUCAGAAGUACCACGAUCGAACAAACCUGAAAGUAUAGAUCAGAAGUUUUUAAUUGUUAUUGAAUCUGUAUCUUUGUGUAUAAGAUGUCUUUGCAAAAAUGACUAAGUAUAAAACAAUAAAUUUUACUAGCUGAUAUGUA